AUGAGUAGGCCCACUCUUAAGGAGUGGAUGAUGGAAGGGUCUUUGGAGGAUGGGGAUGAGUCUCCAGACUCCCAGGGCCAUGCCACCGACUGGAGGUUUGCUACAUGCCGUUUCAGGGAUGCCUGUGUUGAGGAGGAACCUGCUCCCCAGAUGCAGGCUAAGGACCUCAAUCCUCCAAGACCAACAGCAGGGGCAGCCCAGGGUAAAGGGCUUCAGGGCAGCCCCCUGUCUGGGGAGCUUCAAUCAACCCCAGAACAAAUAGCUGAAGAUGGGUCAGGGGAUGGCCAGAAGGGCACAUUAGGAGGUUCCUUGGGAAGGUCAGAGGAACCAGUCCCUUCUGAAGUGGAGAGCCUCCUAUGUCCAAUGUCCUCCCACCUCAGCCUGGCACAGGGCAAGAGUGCCAGCCAAGGGGGAGGGUUGGGAGGGAACCCAAAUCCAGGCAGGGUGAGGACAACUGGCUUGGACCCUGGGGGGUUGGACAGUGACUCUGUGGACCUUGGAGGCCCUUUAUCUGACACAUCAUCACAGCUGCUGGAAGCAGACCCCAGUGGAUCCAGCCUCCCUAAGCCCAGUGACUACCUUUUGGCGCAAGACCUCGCCUGGGAGCUGCUGGCCAGUGGCAUGGCUGCCCUGCCAGGAACUCGGGAUGUAGAAGGCCGGGCAGUGCUACUUCUGAGUGCCCAUAGCCACACCUGGCUUCAUCCCAAGUGCAGCAGCCAUGAACUCACCAGCCUCUUGCUCUACCUGCGAAGCAUUCCCAGGCUAGAAGUACAGGCCCUGGGACUAACUGUGCUAGUGGAUGCCCAGAUUUGUCCCCCGAGCUCUUCCCUCUUCUGGGGGCUCAGCCAACUGCAAGAAGCAGCCCCAGGGUCUGUGCACCAAGUGCUGCUGGUGGGAAAAAUGCCAGAGGAGGUGCCCUCAGGGCUUCAGCUAGAGCAGUUGUCCUCUCAUCAGAGCCUGCUGACACACAUCUCCACUUCAUGCUUACCUGCGUCACUGGGAGGAGGCCUGCCUUAUUGCCAUCAGGCCUGGCUAGACUUCCGGAUGCGUCUAGAAGCCCUACAGCAGAGCUGCCAAGUGGUUUGUACCCUGCUCCAGGGGGCCAUUGAGGACAUGAAGACUAUGCCUCAGCCCAUAAAGACUGGGGAAGUUGGUCAGCUGCUACAGCAGGCACGGGUCCUGAUGCAGCAUGUGCUAGUCUCACCACAGUUGGCAUGGCUGCAAUGCCAGGGGAGCUUGGAGCUGGCAUGGCUGAAGCAGGAGGUCCCAGAGGUGACCCAGAGCCCAGACUACAGGCCAGCAGUGGACAAGGUUGAUGAGCUUUAUGGUUGCGUGGAUGGGCUGCUGCAUGAACUGACCCUGCAGAGUAACCGUCGAGUACAAGCACUGGAGUUAGUCCAGACACUGAAGGCCCAGGAGAACAGGCUGCACCAGAUUGAAAUGUGGCUACAGAAGGUGGGCUGGCCAGCACUGGAGGAGCCAAGGGAGCCCUCACUGGACACACUGCUUCAAGCCCAAGGCCCUUUUCGUGAGCUGGACCGGGUUGCUCAGGAGCAGAUCAGGCAAGGGGAGAAGUUUCUGCAGCCACUGGCUGGCUGGGAAGCAGCUGAACUGGGCCCCCUUGGGGCCCACUUUCUGGCCCUACGAGCCCAGCUGACUGAAUUCUCCAGGGCUUUGGCCCAGCGGCGACAGUGGCUGGCAGAUGCUGAGAGGCUGUCAUGCUUCUUCAAGCAGGCCUCAACAUGGGCUGAGGAGGGGCAGCGGUUGUUGGCAGAGUUGGAGCAAGAGCGCCCAGGGAUCAUACUGCAACAGCUGCAGCUACACUGGACCAAGCACCCUGACUUGCCUUCUGUCCACUUCCGAAAGAUGUGGGCUCUGGCUACGGGGCUGGGUUCUGAAGGCAUCCGCCAGCAGUGCCACUGGGCCUGGGCACAGUGCCAGGACACCUGGCUGGCCCUGGAACAGAAGCUAGAGACUGCACUGAAGCCACCACCAACAGGCAGUACAGCUAGCCUGUGUGUCAGUCAGGUCCCAGUUGCGCUUACCACCCCUCCCCUGAGAAAAGCAUACAGUCUUGAUCGGAAUCUGGGGCAAAAUCUCAGAGAGUCUGUCUACCACUGCCAUCAUGCGGCCAUUGUGGCUGCCUGCCACAGACCAGAGGCUGGAAAUGGUGCCCAGCCAGGGUUAUCCCUUUCCAUGCCUCUGCCAGGCAGCUCUGAUCCCAGGAGUCCCAAGAGGCUCCAGCUGGUGUUGGCAGAGAUGGUGGCUACGGAGCGGGAGUAUGUCCGUGCCCUUGACUAUACCAUAGAGAACUACUUCCCUGAGAUGGACCGCCCCGAUGUACCCCAGGGCCUCCGUGGCCAGCGUGCCCACCUCUUUGGCAAUUUGGAAAAGCUGCAUGACUUCCACUGCCAUUUCUUCCUGCGUGAGCUGGAGGCCUGCACACAGCACCCACUUCGGGUAGCCUAUGCCUUCCUGCGCCAUAGGGUGCAGUUUGGGAUGUAUGCGCUGUACAGCAAAAACAAACCUCGCUCCGAUGCCCUGAUGACCAGCUAUGGUCACUCCUUCUUCAAGGACAAGCAGCGAGCAUUGGGGGAUCACCUAGACUUGGCUUCCUACCUGCUGAAGCCCAUACAACGCAUGAGCAAGUAUGCACUGCUGCUCCAGGAGCUGGCGCGGGCCUGGGGGGGAGCCAUGCAGGAACUGAGUGCCCUGAAGGCAGCCCAGAGCCUGGUGCGCUUCCAGCUGCGACAUGGCAAUGACCUGCUUGCCAUGGAUGCCAUCCAGGGCUGUGAUGUUAACCUCAAGGAACAGGGGCAGCUGGUGCGACAAGAUGAGUUCACAGUGCGCACUGGGCGCCACAAGUCCCUGCGCCGCGUUUUCCUCUUUGAGGAGCUGCUGCUUUUCAGCAAGCCUCGCCGAGGACCCACAGGCAUCGACACAUUUACCUACAAGCGUUCCUUCAAGAUGUCAGACCUUGGCCUCACUGAGUGCUGUGGGGAUAGCAACCUGCGCUUUGAGAUCUGGUUCCGCCGUCGCAAGGCCAGGGACACCUUUGUGCUGCAAGCUGCCUGCUUGGCCACCAAGCAGGCUUGGACGGCUGACAUUUCCCGCCUGCUCUGGAAGCAGGCUGUCCACAACAAGGAGGUGCGCAUGGCUGAGAUGGAGUCCAUGGGUGUGGGGAACAAAGCCUUCCAGGACAUCACCCCCAAUGAGGAAGCUAUCAACGACCGCACCAUCAACUACAUUUUAAAGUGCCGAGAAGUUCGUUCUCGGGCCUCCAUUGCUGUGGCCCCAUUUGAUUAUGAUAGUCCCUACUUGGGGGCCUCGAGCUCCCUUCCUGCAGACCCUGCCUCUGGCUCUGUAUUGGGGUCCCUCAACCUGCACCUGUACAGAGAUCCAGCUCUUCAGGGCCUCCGCUGGCCCCUGUAUUCUACCAUCUUCCCAGAGGAAACAGCGCUGGAGGCUGAAGUGGAACUGGGCAGCCAGCCGUCCUUGACUUCUGAGGACUCAGAGGUCUCAUCCCAGUGCCCAUCUGCCAGUGGCUCCAGUGGCUCUGACAGCAGCUGUGUGUCCGGGCAGGCCCAGGGCAGGGGCCUCGAGGACUUGUUUUAUGUGGAAGUGGGGGGUGGGCAGAGCCAUUCCCCAGAGAUCCCACUUGAACCCUGA